AUGCGGAACCGAUUCACCAAAGCGGAUGACGAGAUUAUCAUGAAGCUUCGAAAUCAAGGAUUCUCCUGGGCGGAGAUUGACAGUCAGCUUGGACUUCCCAAAACGUCUGCUAGAGGCAGAAUCUGGAGACUGGCUCGCAGACAACAAGAUCCGGAAGCGAUGCGACUUUCAACUCCCUACAAAGGCCUGACGUCCUCGCAGAAAUGUCUCAUUCUCAAACUGCGAGCCCGGAAGCUGAGCCUGGGCGCGAUUGCAAGCAAGCUGCAGAAACCCUUUGAGGCCAUUCGAACAGUUGUCAAUGACUUGCCUAAUUUUCGUACGCCUCGCAAAAAAUGGUCGGAUGCAGAGGAGCAGGCUCUCAAGCGCUACCGCGAGGAGUUCGGAUUGACGUGGCGGGAGAUUGGCCAACUUUUGGGUCGAAGCGCAGCUGGUUGCGCCGUACGCUAUUGCAGCAAACGGCAGCAAGAUCCUCGAACUACACUUGUUCCCAAGAGCAGGUUCUUAGAAGAGGAGGACGAGGAUCUUCUGAAAUUGAAGCGAGAAUUCCGAUUGCAGUGGAGUGAAGUCCACGCCUACAUGCCUCAUCGGUCACUGUCGUCUUUACAGAUGCGAUACUACCAUCACCUGCAGAAACGACCCUGA